AUUUGUAAAGACGGCGGCGAUAUGGUGGACGAGAGAAGGCGUAAAUGGCCAGGGAGGGGAGGCGUUGUGGGUUCGUCCGUGGCACUCUAAACAAACGGGACGCAUUCCCGUCGGCGGACGUCUACAAAUCACCGCGGCAGCGCGUCUCGCGCGCCUCCCUCCGAGAGGCGGGGACGCGAGAAGGCUCGCUAUUGGAGGAGGGAGAAGCGGCGCAGGGGGUGAUCCAAUGGGCGUCGCCGGCCGGGAGAGUAGUCGAGUUGUAGGAGGCAGGUUACGUGCAGCUGCCAUUAAGUGCGCGAUUAUGGAACACGGCGUAGGGAAACGCACGCCGGCGCUGUACCUCGUGGACGUGGCGAGUCAACCCGUCAAUGGACUACCCGCUUUCGGGUACCCGAGCGGCCACGUCCAGGAGCCGUCGGCGGACAUGUUGAACCCGUUCGUGGACACCCACAUCAAACUGAGUCCACCCCACGGAAUGACGGAUCCGUCGGGAGGACACCAGUUCUCUAGUCAGAACGGAUACGGAGUGUCGCAUCACCACCCCUACGCAUCCAGGGACUUCAUCUUCCAUCGCGAGCCUCCCGCCCCCCACGGCAUGUUCGUGCACGGAGGACACGCUCCCGACAUAUUUUCGGGUCUGGAUCACCACCACCCUCCCGGUCACCAGGUCAGGCUGUCCAUCCCUCCCGCGGACGUGUACGGAAGACCGGAACCCUUCAACCAGAUGCCCACACCCACCUCGUACGGCGGAGGACCGGGGGCCUUCUUCCGUUACGUCAGGCCCCCGGUCAAACAAGAGCUCACCUGUCUGUGGGUGGAACAGGACCAGAUGACGCCCAGGAAGCCGUGCAACAAGACUUUCACCUCCAUGCACGAGAUCGUCACGCACAUCGGCGUGGAACACGUCGGAGGACCCGAGUGCACCAAUCACGCCUGCUAUUGGCAGGAUUGUUGUCGCAACGGAAGACCCUUUAAGGCCAAGUACAAACUGGUCAAUCACAUCCGGGUUCACACGGGGGAGAAACCCUUCCCCUGUCCUUUCCCCGGCUGCGGCAAGGUGUUUGCCAGGAGCGAAAAUCUCAAAAUACACAAGAGGACCCACACAGGUGAAAAACCCUUCAAAUGUGAAUACGAAGGUUGCGACAGAAGGUUCGCCAACAGCUCGGACAGGAAGAAGCACUCGCACGUGCACACCAGCGACAAACCUUACAACUGUAAGAUCCGCGGUUGCGACAAGAGCUACACCCACCCCAGUUCUCUGAGGAAACACAUGAAGGUUCACGGAAAGUCUUCUCCACCCCCGGGUGCCACGCCGGGUUCCGGGGGGAGCGGAUCCGGCUACGACAGCGACAGCCAGCCCGCGGGUACGGUGUUGCCCGGUCACGUGGUCUCGGAGGGGGGACACCCGGCCAACCUGGCCGAAUGGUACGUCUGUCAGCCGUCCGUCGGCAUGCCCACACCGCCCGACAAUUCCCCCCUGACCCACCCCCACCACCUGCAUUCUACGUCUUACUAAUCCGUCUACGGCCGUGUUCCGGUGCAGGACUCCAGCACCUUCCCCCCGCACCACUCGGACUCGGCGCACGAGGUAGGUCCUUUCCUUCUCCUUACCCUCCCCCCCUUCGUACGGAGUGACAAUUUCGCUCAUUAAUUUGUUUUCUGUUUUCUCGCCUACAGCCUGACGUGGGUCGUCUACCUCGCAGUGUACAGAGCGGUAGAAGGCUCGUUGGAAGGGAGCGACGUUUUGUACAGAUCGCGCGAUGCUCCGUAUGUAUCCAUUAUUGUUCGUAUGACGAAUUUUAAAUAAAAAAAAAAAUAUCCGUGUA